AUGAUAGAAACCCUGAAAUAUAUUGGCUCGGAUGCUCUUCAAAGACAGUUACGAGAGCUCUUCCAUUUACGCGAUUCUGGUCUGGAUCAAGCUUUUAUAGAUGCUCUUUUUAUUUCUCAAGAAAGUCAAGCUGAGAUUGUUUCUUAUGUGCAGCCGUCGGUGCUAUCCAAGUCUACAUGUCCUCUUUAUAGGGGAACUCUUUUCACUCCAACUGGGUUUUCAAUGGAAAACCCUAUGUAUGAUUUUUAUGACUUGAGAGAGGAUGAUGGAUGUCAUGGUAAUGGAGAUAAUAGGUUCAUUCCUAGUCAAAAGACUGGCGAAAUUGAAGGAAUAGCUCGGAGUUUUACCUGUGAAACUCGAUAA